AUGGCUUUCUCCACCUCCGCAUCGCUUUUUCUAUUGGUCUCAGCAAUUAGCUGUUUGGCUUUAGUUUCUGGAGAUUUACGAGCAGAUCUACGGGAUUUUGUGGCCUUGGUUCCCCGCCGAAGAAUCGGAUUCAUCGCCGCCAGAUACUAUAUUUUCGAUCCGAAGUUCCGUCAGGCAGUCGAAUUUGUUCGUAGCGAUGAGUUUACGACAACUUGGCAGCAAGUUCGGGCAGCUCCUGAUUUUGCGGAUGUAGUUAACUACCUGACUGAAAAUGGAUCGGGUUAUGAUAUCACAACUCUGGUGGACAGUUUGAUAAAUCGGUUGCGCACAUAUCAGCUGUCGCGCACUGUACCCGUGGAACUAAUGCUGCGACGCGAUUUGACCACUUUCCUUCGAGAUGUUCUUCAAAGUUUGCCAAGAACUAGAAUCUAUUCUUUGAUGUCCCAGAAAAUGAGACAGAGUGCUGAGUUUGCCAAACUCUACAAGGCUGUAAGGAAUAAGGAGUUCAAGGAGUUGGUGCAACGUGCCAGGCGUUCCAGACAACUGCAAGCACCAAUUAAAAAGUUAGCCCAAAAAAGCAUCAAUGUGGAUGAACUGAUCCAAGUUGUAUUUGAAAUAAUCAGUUGGGGUCCUCAGAUUACAUCGACUCAAUAGAUUUGAU